AUGUCCUUCCAACAAAACCUCAACGUGACACUCAUGUGUCCCGAGUGCAAAAUCCUGCCACCAGACAUUGUGGAACGGUUCGCGGAGGGAGACAUGGUCUGUGGCCAGUGUGGUCUGGUCCUCUCUGACCGAGUGGUUGAUACCCGGUCUGAAUGGAGAACCUUCUCCAACGACGACCAGGGCUCCGACGACCCCUCGCGAGUGGGAGACGCCAUGAACCCUCUGCUGGAGGGCUCCCAGCUCAACACGAUAAUCUCGUUUGGAGCUCCGGGCUCGUCGGUCGGCAGAGACCUCAACCGAACCCAGUCGCGGUCUCUGCAGGACAAGAAGGACGCGGCUCUGUCAGCCGUGUAUGCCAAGAUUUCCCAGAUCUGCGACGGUAUUUCGCUACCCCGAGUGGUGUCCGACGCCGCCAAGGAGGUCUACAAGCUGGUUCAUGACGACAAGCGACUGCGGGGAAAAACCCCCGACGCCAUCAUCGCCACCGUCAUUUUCAUCGCUUGUAGACACGCCAACGUGCAGCGAACCUUCCAGGAAAUCGGAGCUCUGACCAACGUGUCCAAGAAGGAGAUUCGACGAACUCUAGAGCUCAUGAAACGGCUGCUCGAGGGAACCAAUAUCCAGGCGUUCCGAUCCACCCAGACCAACCCCGGUGCUCUUAUGCCCCGAUACUGUUCCCAUCUGGGACUCAAUUCACAGGUGGCCAACCUGGCAGAAGACAUUGUCAAGCGAGCCAAGGAAAUCGGUACUCUGGACGGCCGUUCGCCCAUUUCAGUUGCUGCCGCAGCUAUUUACAUGGCAGCUGCACUAUAUGGAAAUGACAUGAGUGCACAGAGAGUCAGUGAGAAGACGGGAGUGAGUGACGGAACUAUCAAGACGUCGUAUAAGCAUUUGUAUGAGGCGAGGGAGAAGCUGGUGAGUAAGCAGUUGCUGGAUUCGGGCAAGGUUUCUUUUGAGACGUUGCCCAAGGUGUAG